UGUAUGGAUUUGGGGGCGGUUCAGCUGGUGGAGCCCAAGAGAGCUGAGCGAGGCGAAGCUUGUUCACUUUAGUCUUCUGAAAGCCAAGUUUCUUCGUGCUGCAUCUCUCCUUCCCUUUUCGCGGUUCCUGGAUGACGAACCCGGGGUAAACCAUGUCACCGCACUUUGGGUCUCACGCAAAGCCCUCGAGAAACUGCGCCAAUUGUCGGACGGUCAAGCGACGAUGCGAUAACCAACGACCCCACUGCGGCCAAUGCAUCCGCACGCGCGAAACAUGCCGUGGCUAUCGAGACGAAUGGGAGCUCGUCUUCCGCGACCAAACCAGCCAGAUCAUAAAGCGGUCCAAGGCAAAGACUUCGACAUCAUCAGCGACCGACAUGUCAGAAAAUGGUCAUAAAACGGCCGACUCGCCCGAACCCGUUCGCGGGCUGGCCCCCAACCUCGACGAGAUCGGCGUCAACUAUUUCCUGCAUAAUUUCAUUAUUGGCGGACACUCGCCCUCGAGUGGGUAUCUAAAUUAUAUCCCGCUUGUUUAUAGCGCCGAUGGCGAUUGCCCAACGUUGGUCGCUAGCAUGGCGGCCGUUGGUCUUGUUGCGCUAGCGAAUUCAUCUCGACAGCCUGAGUUGGUUAGACAUGCACGCACCAAAUAUUCCGAGGCAAUCCAUCGCGUGAACACGGCUCUGUCGUCACCCGUCGAUUCGGUAAAGGAUAGUACUUUGAUGUCAGUAAUCUCACUAGGUGUAUUCGAACACGUCUCCAAUCUCGAAUCAUGGGCCCGACAUGUCCAUGGCGCUGCAGCGCUCCUGGUUGCCCGGGGAAAGAGCCAGUUUUCCAGCACCGCCGCUCUGCUCAUGUUUAACCAAGUGCGGACGGAUCUGGUGUUUGCCUGCGUGCAUGAUAAUCGGCCGUUUCCACAGGACAUGGGGGAGCUGCAGGACGAGGCAAUGAAGCAUGUCGAUCCUACAAGUGCGUUUUGGCGUCUGGGUGUGUUGGCUGCUCGACAUGCGAACCUCCUCUGGGGCGUCCGGAAGAAUAACGGGGAGAUUCCCUGGACUGUUUUCCUAAAACAAGCGACCGCACUCCAGAAAGACUUUCAGCACGUUCUUGAAUUGCUCGCUGUUCAGGAACCGUAUACUCCCUGCCAAGCGGCUGAUGCCGAUUCAGAGCUAUUUUACAACGGUCGAUAUGACAUGUAUCAGUCAACCUGGGCUAUCAGAGUCUGGAACAACGCCCGGAUGGCGCAGAUGGUGGUCUGCAAUAUCAUGUACUACCUUCUGAACAAGAUCCUCUCCACGAAUCUCGCACCGCAGACACGGGCGCAUUUGGAUCUGGAGCUUCGGGAAUCACUGCAGCUUCAGGCAAAGCUAGCGGCCGAUAUGCUGGGCACUGUUCCACAAGGCUUGGGGCUAGUAUCACCAACCUUUACUGGAUACCAUUUCCCGUCUCUGGAUACCUUGUCCACGAACGCAUCAGGCGGGUACCUGCUGACCUGGACUCUCUACACGGCGGGGCAAUCUAUGGUUGUCGGAAGUAAGACUCGGCAGUGGGUUGUCGGACGGCUCCAACAUAUCGGGCAAUAUGCAGGCAAUGCAGUCGCCCUGCAGCUUCUGGAGGUUAUCGUCAAGGUUGAUAAGAUCCGCCUAAGAGAGGAAUGCGAUGAUCAAGCAAAGAAGAUGGUAGAUGUGCAUGAUCUUCGAAAUUAGACAUUUACACUCAACUGUAUAUGAUAUUUGUAUUCGAGAGCAAGCAAUAUCUACCUCGCUAUGUGCCAUGGCUCCUGCCCGAGGUGAAACGAGGUCACUAUUCCUCCACGAUAUCAACCUUGUUCUUAUCUACUCAACGUCAGUAUCUGGAUUCAUAAAUUAUAGUAAUAACUCACAGAAGGCAACAUAACCCUCGAUAUUCUUAGCAGCGUCAUACGUCUCCUUGUAGUACCAGGCUGCGUUCUCAAGCGUCUGGCCAUCAACCACAAUACUCCAGUACGACGCAUGCCCCUUCCACGGACAUAAGGUCGACAAAUCGGAGUCUUUCAGAAGCGACUUGUCUUUGAUCGCAGACGGCGGAAACUGGAUUGGUCAGCCAAAAUACGCGGGGUAACUAAUCGGCGCAAGUGCCUGCAUACGUAGAUGUUCCCUUCAACGACCUCCCAUGUAUCCGUCUCUGCGAUGAUGUGGUCGCCCACUUUGGCAACGGCGCGAGGCAUCUUGGAGUUUGAUGAGAAUGAAUGGAU